CGCGCCGGCGCGGGGUCGCGCGCACGCCGCGUCACGCCUCCCGCCGCGCGGCCCCGCCCGCCCCUCCCGCCGCGGCCCCGGCCCGCGUCCCCCGGGGCGUCUGUCGCCACCCCCGGUGCGCCCCCGCCGGUGCCCGUCCCCCCCGCCGCCAUGAGGCGCGGCGAGCGGCGGGCGCACGGCGGGAACGUGGGCAAGGCCGCGCUGGAGGAGCAGCAGCCGCCGCCGCCCCCCGCACAGCCCAACGGCGGCGCCCCCGGGGCCGAGCGGGACGGCGCCGGACCCCGCCGCAGCACCGAGUCCGAGGUGUACGACGACGGCACCAACACGUUCUUCUGGAGAGCUCAUACCCUGACAGUCCUGUUCAUCCUCACGUGUGCACUGGGCUACGUUACCCUGCUGGAAGAGACUCCCCAGGACACAGCCUACAACACAAAGAGAGGAAUCGUCGCCAGUAUUUUGGUUUUCUUGUGUUUUGGGGUGACACAAGCUAAAGAUGGACCAUUCUCAAGACCUCACCCAGCUUACUGGAGGUUUUGGCUGUGUGUCAGCGUGGUCUAUGAGCUCUUCCUCAUCUUCAUCCUCUUCCAGACCGUGCAGGACGGGAGGCAGUUCAUGAAGUACAUCGACCCCCACUUAGGGGUUCCUCUGCCUGAGAGAGACUACGGGGGCAACUGCCUGAUUUAUGACCCUGGCAAUGGAACUGAUCCCUUCCACAACAUCUGGGACAAGCUGGAUGGAUUUGUUCCUGCUCACUUUUUUGGGUGGUACCUGAAGACUCUGAUGAUUCGAGACUGGUGGAUGUGCAUGAUCAUCAGUGUCAUGUUUGAGUUCCUGGAGUACAGCCUGGAGCACCAGCUCCCAAACUUCAGUGAAUGCUGGUGGGAUCACUGGAUAAUGGAUGUGAUCUUAUGUAACGGGUUAGGAAUUUACUGUGGGAUGAAGACCCUGUCCUGGCUUUCCUUGAAAACCUACAAGUGGCAAGGGCUCUGGAACAUUCCAACCUACAAAGGCAAGAUGAAGAGGAUCGUGUUCCAGUUCACGCCCUACAGCUGGGUGAAGUUCGAGUGGAAGCCGGCCUCCAGCCUGCGCAGGUGGCUCGCUGUCUGUGGCAUCAUCUUCGUGUUUUUAUUGGCAGAGCUGAACACAUUUUACCUGAAGUUUGUGCUGUGGAUGCCCCCUGAACACUACUUGGUGCUGCUACGCCUGGUGUUUUUUGUCAACGUGGGAGGAGUGGCCAUGAGGGAGAUCUACGACUUCAUGGACGACCCGAAGUUCCACAAGAAGCUGGGCCAGCAGGCCUGGCUGGUUGCUGCUAUUACUGCCACGGAGUUCCUGAUCGUCGUCAAGUACGAUCCCUACACGCUCACCCUCUCCCUGCCCUUCUACAUCACCCAGUGCUGGAUCCUGGGGAUUAUCCUGGUGCUCACCUGGACAGCCUGGCGCUUCUUCAUCCGGGACAUCACCCUGCGGUACAAGGAGAUCCGGCGGCAGAAGCAGGAGCACAGGCACGAGAAGGACAAAUGCCUGAGCAACGGGGAUGGACACUCAGCCCUGCUGGAGGAGCCCAACGGGAGCAAGCUCCGGGAGAGGAAGCUCUGAGCACGGACACGGGGCUGCCAGGAACUCGUGGUGCCCGAGGGGGCCUGGUGCACAGUCCUAACCUUAUCCUACCUAACUCCUCAUUGUCCUUGUUAGUGUUCCAGCGUGUGGGAAUCCUCACGGGGAGGAUGGCACUGACACAGCCCCCCUCUGUCCUCGUGUCACCGGGGCAGGGCCAGAGGAAGUCUGUGUGGAGGGAGGUCAGUGCUGACCCCGCACACCGGGUGCUGCGCGUCUGCCUCGGAACCAGGUGUGGAGAUGGGGCUCAGAGCAUGGCACACAGGGAUCUGCUGCUCCAUUCCCAGGGAACCGAGAGCUCCGUGGGGCGUUUGGGCAUUAGGAACACUUGUUUUGGAGUGUACAGAGACCAGGCACGGGAAAUGAAUUGUGCUCUUCCUGCUGGACCUACCUGGAGCUGCGGAGGAGGCUUGGGAGAGGCGCUCGGCGAGGUGACCGCGGGUACACGGGGACGUGUGGCUGAGCUGCAUUCCUUGCACAGGAUGUACCACACUGCACUGCUGUUCCAGCCCCUCCACGGGGCAUCCCUCUGACUUCUGAUGUCCUGGAGCGGCCUGCGGCACGUGGGUGGUGUGUCCCAGCUCUGGGGAGACUGACAACUUCUCCUUAGCUCUUAUUUUUAAUUUCUCUUUUAGUCUUGGUCAUCUCUUAAAUGUAAGGGAAGGUGAAGUGAGAAAGGUCAACCUGCCUUUGCUCUGCGGAGUAAAAUGUGUCACAAGCAGAAACUGGGAGUGUC